CUCUUUUCAGAGUCCACUCUCCACCUGGUGCUGCGCCUGCGGGGGGGUAUCAUCGAGCCCUCCCUCCGCCAGCUCGCCCAGAAGUACAACUGCGACAAAAUGAUCUGCCGCAAGUGCUACGCCCGCCUGCACCCCCGCGCCGUCAACUGCCGCAAGAAGAAGUGUGGGCACACCAACAACCUGCGCCCCAAGAAGAAGGUCAAGUAG